UGGAAUUUGUUUUAUUUUUUUUUACAUAUACUCCUAAGUAGGGCCAUAGAGGAAAUACAAUCCUCUACAGUUUACAAGUGCGGCCUUCGUAAACAUUAAUUUUGUUGCUGCUUAAUUUUUGCAGUGAAUAAAGAUGACAUCAUAAGGUAUAUCAAGAAUCCCAAUAGCAUUGGUAAGGGAUUUUACUCGGUGGUAUAGUAUCACUUGUAGUCCCACGCACACAAAAUUGAAAACUUGCACAUUCUUUAUAAAUAUUAAUAAAACAGUGCUGUGGUCUCUUACCAGUACGUAGUAGUAUACCAUAACGUGACAGUUGUAUAAGAGUGAAAAAAUAUUAAUAUGCCAUAAAUGAGACCUUUUUUGUAAUACUAUUUAUGUUAUAACUUACUGAGUAGUAACACCAAGAAGAACGCUGUCAGUACCAUUUAGUUCGUUCUGCCGUGUAUAAGUGAAGUGCUGUAAAAUAGGUAUGGAAAAUCUGCUCAAGGAAUGGGAAAUGGAUUAUUUAAUCCCUGUUUUUCAAGUUACAGAGUGACUACGCAAACUCUUCGUCAAUGUUUGCAAGUCCUUCUACAAGUUUAGCAGACAGCAACUCGGUAAUUAUUAUAUCGAGUAAUCCCACUCCCAUCCCCACUUGGGAGAUGACACCGAUUUCGCCUAUUCCUACAUCAGAAAAAGUAUAAUGAUACCAUACAUUGAUCUUCUCAAGCAUGAUUAAAGAUAAUCCAGACACUAGAAUUCCCAAGGAAAAGUUUAUACGACUGAGUAAUGAAAUUUGCGGAAUAUUUCCUACAGAACAGCCCGAAACCUAUUACGUGCCGGCCUAUAGAGAUUCAAGGGGAAAACCCAUAAGUGCACAUGGAAAACUGUACGACAGAUACGUGAACACGCGCGUGAAGUACCAGAAACUGGAAUUAAUUUCCAAAUCUUCAAGGAAAAACAAAGACUUAAAUCCUGAUAAUGUCACCAAUAAUGAUGUAAAUGAAGAUGAGGAACUAGUCCAAGAGUUUAUGAAUUGGCUGAAACAUAACGUUGAUCCAUUUCACAAAGUUGUUGAUUAUUGGCGUUUAACGAGCAAAUCCCGAUUGAAAGCUUUUAGUAACGAUAAUAUUGAAAUUUACCAAUAUUAUGAUUUGUAUCCGAGUUUAAAACAGCCUUUGGGAUAUUCACUGUUAACUACCGAUUUUGAGCUACCUACUGUAUCCCGAGAAAGCCAAUUUACUGUUUAAUGCGUGGUCAUCAAUUAGUAAGGGAAUUUUGUCCCUUGCUAAAAAGAAAAAUUGCGCUGUGAUACGAAGUAUAUAGACCAAGUUUGAGGACACUGACGCCGUCGAAAAUCUUGCCCUUCUAAUUUUUCCACUCUUGUUUCCUAAUACGUACAAACAUUUUCAAGAUACGAAGUGUGCAAACAAACGAAUUCCCUGUCAAUAGUUAAUUAUGCAUCAUUAUAUAACGUUGCACCAUGUGCCCUUAAUAACAUUAAGGGUAAGUUGUAUAUAACCAUUCCAUAUAAGUUUUAGUUU